GGCUGAACCAACUCUCUAGCCUGUUUGUUGUUUUGUUUUCUGAGGCAGGAGCUCAUGAAACUCAUGCUACCCUGGAGCUGAAGCUGUGUAGUCGAGGAUGACUUUGAUAUUUUUCCAAAUGAAACUGUAACUUUAUACACAUUGAAUAGGAUAAAAUAGGAUGGGCAUAAACUAAGAAGGUACUCAGGAGAAAGAGUCAGUGCUAUUUUGUUUGCAGGGAAGAAGGAGUCAGAAACUGGAACAAACUAGGAUGUUGAGGAACACAUUCCAAGACUGCCUCCAAAGUAACUAGAUAACAUAAUAUUAGGAUUCAGGUGCCAAAGUUAAUCUGCACAUGUAAUAAGGAAUCCAAAAUUCUGUUUAGUAUGAGCAGUUUUGCAUUAAAUAUGUAGUAGUUGUUUGCUUUUCAGAAAGUGAUAGGGCAACUUUCAGAAGUGGUUUCUGUUAUGCAAGUACUAGGAAAUCUCAACUACAGUUAACUAGCUAUGCUGUUCUCAGCACCAUUAGGCUGCUUCAGUACUAGGAAAUCUCAACUACAGUUAGCUAGCUAUGCUGUCCUCAGUACCAUUAGGCUGCUUCAGGCAAGUGUACCUUUCAGUGUAAUACAGAACUAACAUUUCAGGCUUUGUUGUUCUGGUUGUGGGCCUAGCCUUUGCUGCUUGAGCCACCUCUCCAGCCAGCAUUUUGGGUAUUUACAUGGCAGCAGUAAUUAUAUUUUGGGUUUUAUUCUUGAUGCUUACUAUAGUUUUGUUUUUGAGGCAGGGUUUUACUGUGUAGCUCUGCCUGUCCUAGAACUCACUGUAGACCAGGCUGGCCUCAAACCCACAGAGAUCCACCUGCCUCUGCCUCCUGAGUGCCGGAAUUAAAGGCGUGUGUCAACAUGCCUGGCUGAUGCACACCAUAGUUAAGACAACAGCUGAUACACAUAAAUGAAGAUGGUUGGAUGUUAAUGAUAAUCAUGGUAUUCUUGAAAUAAUGUUUAUACAGAAUAAACCAGUAUUGAUUAAUUGGCAUUUUACACACAUCAACCAAGAAAACGAAAACAAAACCCCAACUAUCAAAGGCAAUCUUCCCUGUGUAGACUAUGGUAAUGCAUUGAAAAUGAAUGUCAAAGUAAUAUAAAAGAACACCAUGGUUUACCGGGGAGGGAAAAUGACUGUUCCAGCCUUGUCAGUCAUCCUUAGCAGGAUGAUAAGACAUCAGGUUUCCAGGACUGUUGUAGCAAAGUCAGUAAAUCUUUGGAUGGUUUAACAUCUGUAAAGCCAGGAUAAGGCUACAUCUUGAACUCUGAAGAUGGAGCAGCCCUCCUUCAGCCAUGCUGCCUGGCUCUGGAGGAGCUUCAUGUGUACAGAGUUCAACUGUGUGUACAAAUACUUGACCUCUUAGCCUCAGGAGUAGGUCUUUAUAGUGCUUAAUAAUUUGUACCAAGAUAAAAGUAGGCAUGGUGUAAUGGUAACUAGAGUUCCAGGUGUUGGUAUGUCUGCCAGUCUGUCAGUUCCUUGGUGUUCUGCCCACUGAUUUCACAGAGGUUAUGUUGAACAAGGAAGACUGUCAACAGGACUGUUUCUCACUGUGAACGAAUUUUUACGCUUUUAAAGAUAAAGUGAAAAUGUUCACUACGAUCCUUAGGCAUAAUAAUUAUCUGUUUGGAGGGUAUGUCUCAAAUAGUCAUCUUACUAAUCAUCUCUCUCAAGCCUUUUUGAGUACCUUGUGUACCUUAUUAAAGCCCCAUCCCAAGGAGUUUUCACCAUUUAUGUGGUCACUCCUUGUCCAAAUCCCAUACCAGCCAGUGAAGAGUUACCCCAACUAGCUGAACAGAUGGACCAUCAUUGUUUGAUUUCAGCCUGAGCCCAAGUUUUCUGUCCUGACCACUAUACAAAAUGACUUCAGGGAUCCUUCAUUUAAUUCCUGCUCUACAAAUUCCAGCAUCAUUAUCUUACACUGUUGUCACUGUAUAGUUCACAUGGAAGGUCUUGUUACCAGCAUCCUCUGAACUAGUGUUCCAGGGACUGAGGCCAGAAUUACACGUUUCUCCUCUAUAUGAACUUAGUCUCAUGUAUUUGGAAGCAGCCUAAAUAUGAUUUAAGAUAAAUAUUUCUGUUUUGAAAGAUGGGAGCAGAAGCCUCUGUCGAAAUGGCUAGGCUGGCAGGGCUGCUGGAGAGGCAGUUUGGGCUUGGAUUACUUUGUCUAUCUACAAAUAUUCAAGAAAAGGGUAAAACCACAUUUUUCUUUUCAGGUAUUUCUAGACCACCUCCAGCUUUGAAUUUCUGGUCCUCCUCUCCUGAUUGCCUUGGGUCUGGAUUGUAGAUGAGCACUGUCACACUGGUUUUAUCCAGUGCUCAGGACUGAACCCAAGCUUUUGUGCAUGCUAGUCUAGCCCUCCACCAACUAAAGUUCCUCAGCCCCUCUUUUCAGUAUCUUUUCUUUAUAAGCAGCUUUUUAAUUGUUUUAAGAUUUUUAUUUUCAAUUUAUGCAUAUAUGUGUGUCUACAUAUGUAUGUGCAUGUUUGGGGGUGCCCUGGGAGCCGGAAGUAGUUGCGAGCCACCUGAUAUCGGUGCUGGGAACCAAACUCAGGUACUCUGCACGAACAGCAAGUGCCCAUAACUGCUCAGCCAUCUCUGCAGCUCCAUGAGGAGCUUUUACAAAACCUCCACAGUUAGGCUGAGCAUAGGCUGAGUGUGAGGGAACACGCUUGUGACCCCACUGCUAGUGUCUUAAGCAGUAGGGUUGGGAGUUCCAGGCCAGCCUGGCACAGAAAAUGAGAAUGACAAAGAUUAAAGUGACACAGUAGCCAUAUUUUGCUUGUUUUUUUUUUCCCUGUGGUUUUGCUUAAUGUUAUUACUGCUUUGGCACAUCAGCACUACAGUACUGAUUUUGUUUGGUUUGAAGGCUGGGGCUGAUGUGUUGAAAAUUGAACUUGGCCUAGUACAUGCUUGGCAAGUGCUUGAUCCCUAAGCCAUUUUUCCUGCAAACAUGAUGGCUUUUCAUGGCUGGACCGUUGUUCUCAGCCUUUCAAGGUGAUAAAAGGACAUCUCGUUUUCUCGUUCUCAGGGUUCCAAUUAGUUCCUUGAGAAAUGGAUCCUCAGAUUGGCCCACCAAAGAAUCAGGAAGUCUUCAGUGCUGGAUCUCAGUAGUGGAGAGUGCGCUUAGCCUUUGUAAAGUCCUAACUUCAAUCUCCCACUAAAAAGAGUGGUGGUUGAGAUUGUUUUUAAAUCAUUUUUUUAGUGUCCUCCUUGUCUAUGAAAUGCAGUUAUCACAGCAGUUGGACCUGUUUCCUGAAUGCAGAGUGACCCUUCUGUUAUUUAAAGAUGUAAAAAAUGCAGGAGACUUGAAAAAAAAAGCCAUGGAAGGAUCUAUCAAUGGCUCAUUGAUAAACCCUAAUGUGAUCGUUGAUCCAUUUCAGAUUCUUGUGGCAGCAAACAAAGCUGUUCAUCUCCACAAACUGGGAAAAAUGAAGACAAGGACUCUGUCUACUGAAAUCAUCUUCAACCUCUCCCCAAAUAACAAUAUUUCAGAGGCUUUGAAGAAAUUUGGUAUCUCAGAAAGUAACACUUCAGUUCUCAUUGUUUGCAUUGAAGAAGGAGAAAAACAAAUACACCAAGAACACCUAAUAUCUCAAGUGGAAGGCCAGCAGGUACCUUUGGAAUGUCUUCCAGAAAUAACAAAGCUCUCAGAAGUCAAAAAGAUAUAUAAACUGUCAUCACAAGAAGAGAGUAUUGGGACAUUAUUGGACGGUAUCAUUUGUAGGAUGUCAACAAAGGAUGUUUUAUAAGAUGCCCAAAACAUCAACAGAAAAAUCUCAGAGUUACUCACCAGCUGGUUUUUUCCUGGUUAUAAAAAUUAACAUAUCACUGAAAAAGGGAAAAGUAAACCUCUGCUAGCCCUACUUUUUUUUCACUUCUUAAAGAUACCCCUGUCACUGUUUUUGCCAUUGUCUUCCAGUCUGUUUGUAUUUCAAUACAUUUUAUUUUUGUACAAUUGGAAUAAAAAAUGCAAGCACCUA